AUGGCUUCUUCAGUGAGCAGAUCAGGAUCAGGGUUCAGCUUCUCAGAGCACUGGCUCUUGAUGGCAGCCACAGCCCUCAUUGGGGGGUUUCUGGGUUACAUAGUGUAUGAUGCAAUUAUGGCCACUGCAUCAGACUUGCUCCAACGUUUGCUGGUCAUUUCUCCACUCUUCUUGGUCAUCAUUGUUCACUGGCUCUCCACUGGCACCCAGAUAAGCUUCCCCAUCCCAGGAUCUGAGCCCAGUGCCAUCCACAGAGCUGGUGGUUCCCCUUGGGGUGUUGCCUUUCUCCUUCUCUUGCUUUUCUUUCUCAUCUCCUACCAACCUUCCCUUCAACACCUUAUCACUUAG